CAAGGGUAGCAGUUAGCCAAGUUUUCUCAUUUGAGACUAAUUUGCUGGCUAUUGUAAAACCCCACACAGCUGGAAAUGAAUUCAAACGUGGAGAACUUGCCGCCUCAAGUGUUGAGACUGGUCUAUAAAGAGGUUUCCGCCUUGGCAGCAGACCCUCCAGAGGGGAUCAAAGUCUACCCCAGUGAAGAGGAUAUCACAGAGCUGCACACUGCCAUUGAGGGCCCAGAAGGAACUCCAUAUGCAGGAGGGGUGUUCCGGAUGCGUUUGGUCCUUGGGAAGGAUUUUCCUGCUGCACCACCCAGAGGCUAUUUCCUUACAAAGAUUUUCCAUCCUAAUGUUGGGCACAAGGGUGAGAUCUGUGUCAAUGUGCUGAAAAGAGACUGGAAGGCAGAGCUGGGCCUGAGACAUGUAUUGCUAACUAUCAAGUGCCUUCUGAUCCAUCCUAACCCAGAGUCGGCCCUGAACGAAGAGGCUGGGAGGUUACUUUUGGAGGACUAUAAGGAGUAUGCAUCCCGUGCUCACCUUCUAACAGAGAUCCAUGCUAUGGGAGGCACGUCAGGGGCCCCUCAAGAGCCUGCUGAUGGACCCCAACCCAAAAAGCAUGCAGGAGACCCAAACAAACGUGUAGCCGGGGCUGGUUUGGUAACAAAUGGUGUUGCCGCCAACAAUUUAAGUAAUAGCAGCUCCAGUGGCACAAGCAGUAGCAAUACCAAUAUAGUUGCAAAGAAGAAAAUGGAUAAAAAACGAGCUCUGAGGCGGCUAUAAAAGAGAAUGAAUCUGUGCUUUUUGUGUACAUAUAAAUAUUGAAGUGUUCAGACCACCUUUUCUCCUUAAUCUGUUUUACCAUUUUUAGAAUGACAUUCAUUUUGUCAUGCUCCUACCAAAUCACUCCUCUCGUUUUUGUUCCCUUGUCUCUUUCAACUUGCUCUCAGGACUUGAACUGUCUUUGUGACAAUUCUCUUUGUUUUGUUCACGAAAAGGGUUUUCAUCUGUGUUUCAGAAAUUUUACAAUUGUUUAGAGUAUGAAAACAGUAGUAAAAGUUUUGAAAGUUCAUUUGGGGCCUCUAGGGUUAUCAUGACCAUAAGCAGGAUUUUGGUGUGUACUGUCAGCACAGAAUUUAUAAUAUAUUUAGAUUUGCAGGUGUGAUGGGACAGUUACUGUAAUGCUGUCCUAUUGUAGUUGGACUGAACCCAUUAUAUUUUUUUUUUUCUUUUUUUCAGGGGUUUAAUGA